UCCGACAAGAAAGCCUCCCACAACCCACAGCACAGCCCUCUUCCAACACCCGAGCAGUACAAAGUCUUCAUAUCAGAGCUCAACACAGUGGCCUACGAUCCUCUAAAACCCUCCAAGCGAUCCCACACAGACCGGAGAAUAUCGAAGGAGACCUCUUCCACGUCAAUGAAGAGGGGCAUACGGUUCGAAGUGAAAGUUAAGUAUGCUCCUAGAGCGUGCAUGCAUUUUCACAGAACCGAGAUUGGAUGGAUUCACAAAGUUAUCUUGCAAGCUUUGCCCACACCAACCAAACAGCAGGGAAUUGAAAGUUGGAACAAUGAUCCAGCUAAGCGAAAUAAGCUUGCUUGGACAAAUGAGAAUAGGGAGCUUUACGGGCCAGAAGAGCAAUGA